AAACUUGAGGGUUCUGUUUAGCAAUGCCUUAUUGGUGACAUUUUCUCUUCCAGGUGGAAACAAGGAUAACAUCAGAGCAGGAUGCAAGAAGUGUGGCUAUCCUGGUCAUCUGACAUUCGAGUGCCGAAACUUCCUCCGAGUUGAUCCUCAAAGAGAUAUUGUUUUAGAUGUUAGCAGCACUAGCAGUGAAGACAGUGAGGAAGAAGAGCUGCAGAGAUUGCAAGCCAUGCGUGAAAAAAAAAAUGUAAAUGAGGAGGAAGAAAAAAAGAAACAAAAAAGAAAAAGCAAAGAAAAAACAAAAUUAAAAAGACCAAGGAAAAGGUCUUCCUCAUCAAGUUCAGGUGAAGACAAUGAGCCAAAGUCCAAAAAACAAAAAUCACACAAAAAGGAAAAGGGAAAAAAGCAUAAAUCUAAGAAAGGAAAGCAUCAUAAAAAGGAGAAGAAGAGACAAAAGGAAAAACGUUCAUCUUCUGACAGCUCAGACAGCUCGAGCAGUGACUGA